UCAAAAAAGCUGGGAUUCUUUGUUUUUUCUCAGACAGAGAACGCUUUUUCAAUAGUGAUGCAGUACGCUGAAGGCGGUACAAUGGACAGGAUGAUUUCCGAGCGCAAAGGCGUCAAAUUCAACGAAAGUACUGUACUUAAUUACUUUACUCAGGUAGCAAUUGGGCUGGAAUACAUGCACUCUAAGCAAAUACUUCAUCGCGAUUUGAAAACGCAAAAUAUUUUGUUGAAUAAAAAACGGACAAUCGUGAAAUUAAGUGACUUCGGAAUCAGUAAAGAAUUGACCACAAGGAGUUUGGCGUCAACGGUGGUUGGAACGCCAAAUUACCUCUCUCCAGAAAUUUGUGAAGGCAGAGCAUACAAUCAGAAGAGUGAUUUAUGGGCCUUAGGUUGUGUAUUAUAUGAACUUGCGGAACUCAGGCGGGCGUUUGACGGUGAAAAUCUACCAUCAAUUGUCAUGAAAAUUACGAAAGGUAAAUAUAAUCCAGUCAGUGAGCACUGGAGCGUUGAGCUGAAGCAGUUAAUAAGCGCUAUACUAGAUGUUAAUGAGAAAAAAAGGCCUCUCUUAAAAGAGAUUCUGACAUGCCCGUUGAUUUUGCCCGUUUGUCUUGCAAUCAACUUGGACCUCGGUGCCCUGCCAUCAUCACCGUCAAAGAAGUCUCGUUUGACUGCUUCCUCAAACAGCAGUAUCCUGCGUACGCAACCUGCUUCUAGCAAGGCUACUGCUUAUUAA